CCGCCGGGACAAGAGCAGCAGGCCUACUCUUAUGACAGGCUCUGUCUCGCCGUAGAUAGCUUUCAGAAACGGACUAUUUACCAGCUUACGUGGCUUUAUCCUUUGUUUUGUUUUUAUUGAACGUAUUGCUGAACGUCUCUGUCAAAAAUGAAUACCAUGGACAACUUGGAGAAACAGCUGAUUUGUCCCAUAUGCCUGGAAAUGUUUACAAAGCCUGUGGUUAUUCUACCCUGCCAGCACAACCUCUGCAGAAAAUGUGCCAAUGAUGUUUUUCAGGCCUCAAAUCCAUAUCUACCUACAAGAGGGGGCUCAGUGACGUCUGGGGGCCGCUUCCGAUGUCCAUCCUGCAGGCAUGAGGUGGUUUUGGACAGACAUGGCGUCUACGGGCUGCAGAGGAACCUUCUGGUGGAGAACAUCAUUGAUAUGUUCAAGCAGGAGUCGAGCAGCAGCAGCAAACCAGCACCUGAGAGGAAGGAAGAGACGCCCAUGUGUGAUGUUCAUGAGGAUGAGAAGAUCAAUAUUUACUGUGUGACCCAUGGUGUGCCCACAUGCUCCAUGUGUAAGGUAUUUGGCGCUCACAAAGACUGUGAGGUGGCACCAAUCACCAGCAUCUACCAGACUAAGAAGACGGAGCUGAGUGACGGGAUUGCCAUGAUGGUUGGUAACAACGACAGGAUGCAGGGCAUCAUCAGUCAGCUGGAGGAAGCCUGUCGUGCUAUAGAGGAGAACGGUCGGCGGCAGAAGACUCUUGUGUGCGAGAAGUUCGACCAGCUGUACUCUGUCCUGGAGGAGAAGAAGAGGCAGAUGAGUCAGAAGGUGACGGCCGAACAGGAAGAGAAGUUGAACUAUAUCCGGGGCCUGACCAGGCAGUAUGGAGACCACCUGGAGGAGAGCUGUAAGGUCGUGGAGAAGGGGAUCCAGACUAUGGAGGAGCCAGAAAUGGCGUUAUUCCUAGAGAACACAAAGCCUCUCCUCAAAAAGAUCGCAGAAGCAUCGAGUGUAGCACAUUUAGACAAAGUUGAGCGUGGCUAUGAGAAAAUGGACCACUACAACUGUGACUUCAAGAAAGAGGGAAAGGCCCUGCGCAGCAUCGACUUCAUCCAAGACGAGGAUGAUGAGGAUGAAGAGGAUGAGGAUGGAGAAGCAGACGCUGAAGAAGGAGAGGGGGCACAGACUGUUUUGGGAGGCAGUGUUGUUACAUCCGCCUCCGACCAACCUUCUGUCCCCCAGCAGACAAACUCGUCCUCAAGCACAGCCAAGAGCGCAGCCUCGACCUAGCUGUCAGCCGCCCGCCCAGACUCAACCUUAACCAGGAGCAGGAUAAGUUUUGCUCUGACUAGAUGUUGAUUUCAGGUCAGUUGUGAUACGUUUGCUCCCCUGAUCGGGGAACACUGAGACAGAUUUAGAUCUAUGCCGAAGGGAAAGUUUGACUUGCUGAGGUAGAUCUAAAGAAAGAGACGGAAGUUUCAGUUCCUUUCUGCCUCUUUAUUGAGAUUGUGUUAGCUUGCAUCACUGCAUACUGAAGGAUCUUUUUUUUGUCUGGUUACAUACCAAUUUUGUUGUUUGAAUGUUUUUUAUUUCUUUGGCACAUUGUACGGCCAACAGUGUCUCAACCUUAUUUCCAGAACAAAGACAUGUUCAUACAUUUUUUAUGUAGGCGACCUUUUGCAAAUCACUGCUUAUACUGCAUCAUUAGAGAUCAUUACAAGGUUUUCCUGCCUGUCAUAUACUUUAUUAUGACCACUAUAACAUUAUGAGAAAGGUAGCAGAGUACGAAACUAUGACUGUGACAUUUCAGAUAUUCAUACAUGCAUUAGCCUGUAUUAUGUGUGGUGUUCUUUGUUGUGAAACACAGGUAUAUUUUCCUCUUAUGGAAAAAGCACCACGUUUGUCUCGUUAUGGUUUAAUAUAUAAUGUGUCAUUAAAGCUGAA